AUGGAGGAGGGGGAAAGGAGCCCCCUGCUAUCCCAGGAGGCUGGAGGUCAGGAACCACCCCUCACCAGGAGCAGCCCCCUCACUUCCAGUCGCCCAGGACCAGCUCCCUGGGAGGACCCAGCCUGGAGGGCAGGCCUUGGGGGGUUCCUGGCCUGCUUGCUCCCUUCAGAAAGCAGCUGCCUCAAGUGCCUACUCUUCCUGUCCAACUUCCUCUUCUCCCUGCUCAGCCUGCUGGCCCUGGCCAUCGGGCUCUGGGGCCUGGCUGUCAAGGGGUCUCUGGGAAGUAGUUGGGGGUCCCCCCUGCCUGCAGACCCCAUGCUGGGGCUGGUGCUGGGUGGGCUGGCGGUCAGCGCAGUGAGCCUGGCGGGCUGCCUGGGUGCCCUCUGCGAGAAUGCCUUUCUGCUGCGCUGCUUCUCCGGGGGCGUCCUUGCCUUCCUGGUGCUGGAGGCCGUGGUGGGGGCCCUGGUGGUGGCCCUCUGGGGCCGGUUACAGGAUGGCCUGGAGCACGUCCUGCGCCUGGCCAUCACCCACUACCAAGACGACCCAGACCUGUGCUUCCUCAUCGACCAAGUCCAGCUGGGGCUGCAGUGCUGCGGGGCGGCCUCCUACCAGGACUGGCAGCGGAACCUGUACUUUAACUGCAGCUCUCCUGGGGUCCAGGCCUGCAGCCUUCCUGCCUCCUGCUGCAUCGACCCCUGGGAAGGCGGAGCCUCUGUCAAUGACCAGUGCGGCUUCGGGGCCCUGGGCCUGGACGAGGACGCGGCCCAGAGGGUGGUGCAUCUAGAGGGCUGUGGCCCCCCACUCAUCCGGUGGCUGCACAGUAACAUCCGGACUUUAGGCUGCUACGCCAUCGGGGUCGUGCUGGUCCAGGGGGUGGAGCUCCUGCUGGCCAUCCAGCUGGUGAGGGCUCUGACUGUCCACAAGGGGGCAGCAGAGAGUGGGGGUCUGUCCAUAGGAACCCCAGACCCAGUGUCCCGUGCUCUGCCAAACUGGUCGUGGGCUGACCAACAGCGGGGAUGA